AUGAGAUCUUCUUCUAGGAUGGGGCCUUCAGCCCAUCCCAUUUACGCUCUAGGUGUUAUCAUCAUGGCAACAAUGGUUGCAGCAUAUGAACCAAUCACGUAUAGCUUGCCUCCUCUCCCAUCGUAUUCACCAUCUCCAAAGGUAGAAUACAACACUCCUCCUCUACCAAAUGUCUACAUUUCUCCACCACCAGCACCAUACUACUCUCCAUCACCAAAG